AAAAGGUACAGUUUGGCAGUGGGGCCUCCCAAAAAAGACCCAAAAGUUAAGGGUGUCCGAUCUGCAGCUGUACAAGCUUUUCUCAGAAGAAAAGAAGAGGAGCUCAGAAAAAAAGCCUUAGAGGAGAAAAGGAGAAAAGAAGAACUAGUGAAAAAGCGAAUUGAGCUGAAACAUGACAAAAAAGCAAGAGCUAUGGCCAAGAGGACAAAGGAUAAUUUCCAUGGUUACAAUGGGAUUCCUGUUGAAGAAAAAUCAAAGAAGAGGCAGACAUUGGAAACCCACACUAGCCAGAGAGCAGACCAGGAGUAUGAGAUGGACGAAGAGGAUGAAUUCUUAGAAUACAAUCAAGCAGAGUUAGAGCAGGAGUAUGAGGAAGAACAAGAACCUCCCAAAGUUGAAAGCAAACCAAAGGUCCCCCUUAAAAGUGCCCCACCACUCAUGAACUUCACUGACCUCCUCAGGCUGGCUGAGAAAAAGCAAUACGAACCAGUGGAGAUUAAGGUAGUGAAGAAAACGGAAGAGCGGCCUAUGACUGCCGAAGAACUUAGGGAGCGAGAAUUCCUUGAGCGAAAGCAUAGGAAAAAGAAAGCUGAGACAGAUAUAAGACUACCUCCAACUAAAAAGGCACCCCCUCAAAAAGAAAGUAUGGGCACAAAACUUAGCAAAGGUUCUGGGGACAAGCAUCCUUCUUCCAAGGGUACUCCCCUUCCUCAUGCUGAGAAGAAAUCCAGACCCAGCACAGCCAAUGAAAAACACAUAGGUUUAUCUUCAUCCAAAUCCAUGCCAGGAGAGAGGACCAAAACAGCUUGGAAUUACUCCCAACCCCCACUUCGUGAGGGCCAUGACAGACCUGUUUUCAAUGGGAUUGGAAAGCCCCACUCCAGCACUUACUCACCAAGUGUCCCAAAGACUUCUGCUAAAGGGACUCAGAGAUCUGCUACUGAGCACAAAACCAAAAAAUCUCCUCAUCCUAGCCUUUCCAAACCUGGGCCUAUGGUCACCCCAUACAAUAAGACUAAGAGUCCAAGUGUCAGGCAGCCAGGCAGCAGCUCUAGCUCAGCCCCUGGGCGACCCAGCACUGGGACUGGUCGGCCCGUAGUCAAUUCUGGCCCCGUGGUCAGGCGCCAGAAUGGCACCUCCAGCUCAGGACCUGAGCGAUCAAUCAGUGGAACCAAGAGGCCAGCCAGUGACUUAAAUCCCUCUGGACGGACAGUCGAUGGUACAAGUGGCCCUGGACGACCUGCAAGCAGCUCAAGUGGCCCUGGGCGACCCAUCAGUGGCUCAGGUGGUUCUGGCAGAUCUGUGAGCAGCUCUGGUGGCCCUGGGCGGCCUGUGAGUCGUCCACAUGACCUUCGUCGACCAGUGAGUGGCCCAGGCCCCCAUGGGCAGUCACUUAGUGGCCCUGGGCGAUCAGUAAGUGGCUCAGGUGCAGCUGGAAGAACUGUCAGUAUUUCAGGCUCCCAAAGACCAGUGAGCAGCUUGGGACCUGGGCGAACAGUUAGUAGCUCAGGUCCCAGCUUGAAGCCCAAGUGCACUGUUGUCUCAGAAACAAUUUCUUCUAAGAAUAUAAUUAGCCGGCCCAGCAAUGGACAGAUGAAUGGAAUGAGACCUUCCUUAUCUGGCUACAGAUCUGCCCAAGGUCCUCAAAGGCUUCCCUUCCCUAUUGGUUACAAAAGGCAUCGAGAUUAUGAAGAUGAGGAGGAGGAGGAAUAUGAUUCUGAAAUGGAAGAUUUCAUUGAAGAUGAAGGAGAACCUCAGGAAGAAAUAUCCAAGCACAUUCGGGAAAUCUUUGGUUAUGACCGCAAAAAAUACAAAGAUGAAAGUGACUAUGCCUUACGUUACAUGGAGAGUAGUUGGAAAGAGCAGCAGAAGGAAGAAGCAAAGAGUUUAAGACUGGGUAUGCAAGAGGACUUAGAAGAAAUGAGACGUGAAGAAGAAGAAAUGAAACGCCGAAAGACCAAGAAGCUAAAGAGGCAUUAGCUGCUGCUUUUAUUUAUUUUUGUGAAAUUCUAGAGAUAAUCUAUAAGGAAGUCCUGCCUUCUGACUGAAGAAGCCCCUUCAUCAUUUUAGUUUUCUAUUUAGGUACUCAAGGAGAAGGAAUGCAUACUGUCAUUUGCAGGCAAUCAUUUGAGCAUAGAGUAUUUGCAAAUACUUUCCAGGGUAAAAUCUGUAAUGCAGAUGAUAAAAUGCCCAGUGAGUGCUCCGAUGAAGUUAACUGUUCACAGGUGCCAGCCUUGCUCCUGAUGAGCUAUGCACUCUGCUGUGGGGCCACUCAGCAGUCAGCCAAUCUCUUGUUCCUUUGCUGCUUUAAAAAGGAGAAAAAAAAAAAUUGCCCCUUGACUUCCAUAUUUCUGCUGAUGUAUGAGUCAGGCACUGUCUGGCUCCAAAACUUAUUUUGUCUUUUUAUCAGGAACCUGGCCCUUCUGUGAAAGUUGCCAGCAAUAAAGUGACCUGUCUUUGGACUGAGAAAAUGAAAAUGUAGAGUAGAGUUUAUAAUUAAUUAUACGGAUGGCAUCUUUGUGACUUUGAAGUGAAAAGUAGAAUAAAUUAUAUUGCAUCGUGCAUUACUCAUGGAUUGGAUGCUGAGCAUUCUUAUUCACUAAUUUAGGCAAUUAGGCAAUUAAAAGUUAUUCCAAGUUAAGUACAAGUUAACGCUAUUUCGUAUAUUCUUUUUAAAGUUUUCCUUUCAGAUUUGUUGUUACGUUGGUUUUUGUGUAAAAUAGACAAGGUCACUGUGCUGAUUAUCAAAAAAAAACCAUUUUUGUAUUGAAGAAAAAAUAUUUUAUUCAAACAUUAGAUUUGGAAGAUAAAUAGCUUAAAAAAUAAGUGGCAUGUGAGGUUCCCCUCUCCACUCCACUCCUCCCCCAUUAUAAAGAUAUUUUGGAAUACAAGUUGCCCCUGUAUCUCUUGAUAGUAAUUCCUUUGCAUUUUUAUCUCGAAUUUCUUAGCAAUUAAUGGCAAAUACCAAAAAUAAAUUAUGUGUAUCGAGAGCACCACCUUCUCUUUUGCCCAUAUUGCACUUUUAUUUCAAGCUAUGCACUGUGAAGAGAUUAUUUCCCAGAUAGAAAAGGAUGUUUACCUGUUACUGGUCUUUUACUAGGCUGUGGAACUGUCUUCUUAUCCUUAAGUCCUAGCUAAUAGAUUUGAUAUCUCUUAAGCGUCAAGUCCAAACAAUUCCAAUCAUACUGACCUUGGUUCUGGCUGGAGAGAAGCCAAGUCUCAAGGAAAGUCAGCUAUAGAAAAUGAUACACGAUACUGAAGAGCAUUCUCAGUGUGACGGGUUAGGGACAGUGGAACAUAAGCUUAUAAAACAGCUCUGCAAUAAACAUCAUGGCCAUCCUACACCACUGAACAGUCAUGAUUAGGAAAUAGGAGAGGCCUACAAAGAAUCCUUAACUCUUCAACAGGUCCAGAAGUUAUUUCUUUUUAUUCAGUUUUCUGUAUUCAGGAAAAUCCAUAAUAGAUGGCCACUGUACUGGUAAUCCCUAAUAGUCAUCCCUUAAUGGGACAACUACAUGACCCAAUUCUUUAAGACUGAUUCAUUUUGAAGUGAUUUUCAAAUUUU